CAAUCAGUGACUACAUGUACCAGAAUGCACUGCGGCAGUCCGUUUUAGCCGAGCACUGACUAUAUUGCUGUACUAGGGAAGAGCACACUGACAUACGGGCUGGCUUGCUAGCUUUCAGUGCUUCAAACAUGGACCAAGACAACAAUUCAGAGGAUGAGUCAGUCGGUCCAUCAGAGGAUCCUUCAGAAGAGGAACUGCCUUGUCUACCUCCAGGGCUCUCGGAUGGUGAAGCAAUGGAGCUGCUCUGGCAGUUGCGAGCCCAGCGGCGCCAGUCGUCCCCUGAGCUGCCAGAGACAGUGACCCGUCUUACUGCCCCCGAUGGCAGCCUCCUGUACCUAGUGGGCACUGCUCACUUCAGUGACAGCAGCAAAAACGAUGUGGCCACGACAAUCCGCGCUGUGCAGCCAGACGUGGUGGUGGUGGAGCUGUGCCAGUACAGGGUGUCUAUGUUGAAGAUGGACGAAAAUACACUGCUGAGGGAAGCCAAAGACAUCAACCUGGAUAAGGUUCAGCAGGCCAUCAAACAGAAUGGGCUGAUGUCUGGCCUGAUGCAGAUUCUCCUGCUCAAAGUUUCAGCUCACAUCACAGAGCAACUGGGCAUGGCUCCUGGAGGGGAGUUUAGGGAGGCCUUCAAAGAGGCUGGACGGGUGCCAUUCUGUAAAUUUCACCUUGGGGACAGGCCGAUCCCUGUGACGUUCAAGAGGGCCAUUGCUGCUCUCAGUCUGUGGCAGAAGGCCCGCCUGGCAUGGGGUCUUUGCUUUCUGUCAGACCCAAUCAGUAAAGAGGACGUAGAGAAGUGCAAACAGAAGGACCUGCUGGAGCAGACCAUGUCAGAGAUGAUCGGCGAGUUUCCUGCUCUCCACCAGACCAUCGUGGCUGAAAGAGACAUCUACCUCACACACACUCUCCGCCAGGCUACACGCUGUGUGGAGUCCCCCUCUGAUGCCCAGAAAGUGCCUGCUGUGGUGGUGGGAGUUGUAGGGAUGGGCCAUGUCCCUGGCAUAGAAAGAAACUGGGAGAAGCAGCUCAACAUUAAUGAAAUCAUUAGUGUUGCACCUCCCUCACGUUUCGGCUGGGUGUUGCACAUGGUCAUAAAGGGUGUCAUGAUGGGAAUGCUGGGAUACGCCUGCUAUCGUGUUGGAGGGAGUGUAGGUAGAGCCCUGCAGUCUUUACCUGCAGUCCAAACUUUACUGGAGACUCUGCGGCCACCCCCUGCUUGACCCCACUGGUCUUCUCUAGCCAUCAGUGACGCGACCUUUGAUCUAUUAAAACAAUGCAUCGAUCACCAAUGGCCUUAAAAGGACGUGAGGCUGGAGGAAAGGUUUCACCAGCCCGUACUAUGAACUAAGAAGGACCUCAGGGGGUUAAGAGCCUCCCACCUCGUAUUGAUGUCCCUGUAGACACAGCAGGGCCGUACUGCCAAAGAAACCGUGACAGUACUCAUUGUUUUCUUUCAUAUUUUCAGUAAAUUCUGCAUUUUGUAAGGUUAACAAAUGCCAAUAAUUCUUUUUGAAAAAAAUUAACAUUUUCCCCUCCAUUCCGUUAAAUGACUUACACAGUUUUUAUUUGACAAGUAUCAUCGGAAUCAUCUUCAGUCACCUGCCCUGAUAUGACUGAGCCAUUUUCCGAGAGGCACCCUUUUCUAAUGCUGUCUCCUUAUUCCUUCCUCCUUUCUGGUGCCAACCAGCAUUUUUGAUAAUUGGCCCAUUUCAAGUCCAGCACUUUUUAAGAGACUGGUACUGUACAUGCAGCCUAUGGAAGGGAAAAGAAAGUAAAAUAUCAAGUCAGUCAUAACUAUAAUAAACAAAUUACAAAAAUAUGAACCAGGAACCGGUUUUUAUAGUUGGUUAGUUGGUAUAUGUCAAAAAAUGUCUGAAUUGGAAGGCUGACCAUCGUUUUCUUAAUUCUUGAAAAAUCUACUAUUUGAAAUGCAUAUUCUUCAAAACAUGCACACAUACAGAAUUAGCGUAAGACAAAAUUGAUUUCCCAUGUGCACGGUCCUGCCCCCAUCAACAGACAAGUGCCUCUCAUAUUGCAGCAGUAAGGGCUAAUGGUGAACUAAAUGGAAUGGCAAAAAUGUGCGUUAUAUGCAUCUUAAACGUACUACAACCAAAUGGUCAAUGCAAGUUUCUAAUAUGUCUUUAUAUAAUUAAAUGAUAGGCCUGUUUUUUAUAAAUACUGAUGCUAUAUAUAUAUAUUAGUGUUGUCUUGGCUUUAGUUGAAACGGUACCGUUGCCCCUUCAUUUUAUAGAGACCUGAUGCAGGACGGGCUUAAAUGUGCCUCAGGACGUGCAAUGCAUUAAUCUUGUGAUUUGUAUAUUUGAUUGUACCUCCACUAUGAGGCACCCCCACAUAUUGACUUGAACUGGCUCCAUCUCUUGAGUAAGGGUUCAUACUUGACACAAAAAAUAUGCAUCUUGUACAGAAAGCCAUCUCUAAAAACCUUCACAUGAGAACAUCUCUUAUUCAGCGCACCAGCUGUUUGUACUUUUAUGAUAUAUGCAUUAUCACUUGCCAAUCUGAUUGUAACAUGGGAAUGGGGAUUGAGAUGAUAAAAAUGAAAUUGGUUUGUUUCCCUCAAAUUAAGAAUUGAACUUGACUGUAAUGAUUUCUCAGUGGAAUUACCAUCAAGGGAAGUUUGAUAUGGACUUUUGAUGACUACUAUGAAGGAAACUGACUUACUGACAGUUUAGAUUGGUCAGUGUUGGGAGGUAAAGCCUUACACUGCUCUCACUGCUGCCUUUGACCCUCAGAUUGCCUCCUCUGUUAAGGCUUAUUAUUACAAACACUGACCUGUGUCCGUAGUACAGAGCUUCUAAUUGCAUGUGAAAAAAUUGGCUAAAUGACAUCUCUGGAACUUUAUGUGGGAGAUGUCAUAUUUACAUGACAGCAAGGCUAUAAAUAAAGAUAAAUUUCCAGGUUUUUCCUAUUUUAGCUUUAAGUGAUUUUAUGAGCAGUACUUACAUUAUUAUAUUAUUAUUAUAUUAUAUAUAAGAGAUAUGAAAGGAGUUAAUUUACUGUCUUUCAUUUGUGAAAUGGUCCAUUGAACUAAUAUUGGAUUUGAAGCAGUGCCAUUUCAUCUUCCAAACAUAAUUAAACCACUUGCAAAAGCUAUCCACACAUUAAACGAACUCAGAUAACGUGUCUUCCAAUUGAUACAUUAAUUCUCUUGCUUAAGUAAGAGAUAUGUAUAAUGAGAAAGUAGAGCACAGAUAUAGUCAUGCCUCUCAGUUCCUCAGCAGUAUAAUAGUUAGACAUAACCAUUAUGUGUUUGUCUCCCUCCCACAUCAUUUCCAAAGGUUUAAUCUACUGUAUGUUUGAGAAUUGCCAAGAGAAAACUGUAUGAAUGCCUGUAUUUGUUGUAAGAUUUGUUUCCCCACACCCUUGUGUGGUAUUGUCAUGGUUAACAAACCAAACAUUUAAUCCUAACUUCUGUAAUGAGUCAUUAAAACAUUUUAAGUAAAGAUAAACUGUA